AUGCACCAACACCACCCUACGCAACUGUCAUCACCAUCGCCGCCGCCGCCGCCUUCAGCCACUACCACUACCAUAAGUAGAUCCUUCAGCUACUGGCAUCGCCACUACGUCCUACAACCACUACCAUCACCACUAUCAUCGCCUUCAACAUAUAUCAACACCACCUUUAGCAACCGUCACCACCAUCACAACCUCCACCCACCUCCACCAACAUUGUCAAGUUUAGCCAGUGCCAUCAUUACCACCUUUAACAUGAACCGCCACCACUAUAACUACCUUCAGCCUAAACCACCACCACCUACAACAACUAUUAGCCACUGCCGCCACCAUCGCUUCCUUUAG